AUGUCGGAUAAGGGUGGUGCCCAACCAGAGUUUCCUAAGGGUGACGACUUUUACAUUAAGACGGCUGCUUCAGUCUCUGGCUCUUCUUCGUCUUCCUCUGGAAACACGGUCGUUGAUGUUGAACGCGGCUUUUUUGUGGCCUGGGGUUCGGUUAAAGACGGAACAAAAGUUAUUGUUGCUCCACAAAAGAGUACUACUGAACAUGACGGUUAUCAACUUUGGCAUUAUGAAGACGGUUUUCUGAUUAACAAACAAACCACUUUAUGCUUGGAACCUGAAUCAGUGAAAGCGGGAAGUCGUCUUGUUCUUCAUCAUAGAAGAAGUGGAAGUCAAACUGCUCAGCAGAAGUGG